UUCUUGGAAUUUGCAUAGAAACUAUUUUACUAUCGCUUAUUGCGCAUAUUUGUAUUUAUUUCUUUUCAAUUCGCACUGUCGCAAUUUGUUACGUAUUAAUUUAAUUUUAAAUUUAGUUGAUUACUUUCUCUUUCUUGCAAUAAUGGCUGAUGAGUUUAAAUUGAUUAAAAAACGUAGCAGCUUGAAAGCUAAGCUUACUACUUUUACCAAUUAUUUGGACAUAGUUAGCAGUUGCCAAUCAUUGUCGGAACUACAGCGCUUAGAGUUACAAAGCCGAUUUGCUAAAAUUGAUGCCUUAUACGAGGACUUUGAUAAUUUGCAGACAGAAAUUGAGUCAUUAGAUACAUCGGUGGCUAAGGUCGAGGAGGCCUACGUUGCUCGCCAACAGUUUGAGGACUUGUACCAUCCGCUAGUGGCGCGGGCGCGUAGUUUACUGGCCAGCGUUGCGCCUAGCGAACAGAUCUUCGAAUGUGCAGUUUCAGGCGGCGCAGCAUCGAUGCAAGGUGGGAAUGGUUCUCGUAAUUUUGUCAGACUUCCCAAGGUGGCCCUUCCUGAAUACCAUGGCAGCUAUCAGUUUUGGCUUGAGUAUAGGGACACCUACAUAUCCUUAAUACAUAAAAACACAGACAUAGAUCCCAUAAAUAAAUUCCACUAUUUACGCGCCUCCCUUAAAGGGAGUGCGGCAGAAAUAAUUAAAAAUUUAGAUUUCACAAGUGACAACUAUCAGGUAGCUUGGGAUUUGUUAUGCGAACGCUAUAACAAUAACCGUCUACUUAUUAAUAAUCACGUGCAAGCUUUAUUUAAUGCCACACCCAUACAAAAAGAAUCAUGUAGUUCGUUACGACAAUUAAUAGAUUUAAUAAAUAAAAAUUUAAGGGCGCUUAAAACAUUAAAUGAGCCUACUGACAGCUGGGAUACAUUACUUGUUUAUAUGAUGUCUAACAAAUUAGAUCCUAUAACUAGCCGUGGCUGGGAAGAAUUCAGAAAUUCUUUAUCCCAAUCACCCUCAUUGUCCGAGUUUUGUACAUUUAUAAGCAAUAAAGCAGAUUUACUUGAAACAUUAGAGGAAAAAUCAAACUCAAAAUUAACAAAACAAGAGUAUUUUAAACCUAAAAGUUUUAUUAUAGCUACAAAUAAAAAUUACAGUAAUACAAAUACAAACUUAAUUAUCAAAAAAUGUCCUAUGUGUUCUCUAGAUCAUUUGUUAUAUACCUGUGAAACAUUCAGGAAUUUGCCUAUUGAAACACGCAUUAAAAAGGCAAAAGAAUUCAAAGUUUGUAUGAAUUGUUUACGUUCUGGUCACAUAGAAAAAAGGUGUAGAUUAUCUGGUUGCAAAUAUUGUAAAAGUAAACACAACACGCUUUUACACUUAGACCAGUCAAUACCUUUGCCUCAAAUUCAUAUGCCUUCAACAUCUAACAACGUUGCCUUGUCUGCCGAUGCUAUACAGCCUGCUACUUCUUCGCACAUAUUACUGUCCACAGCUUUGGUGAGAGUGGUGAGCAACAGCGGCGAGCGGCACGACGCCCGUGUUCUUUUGGACAACGCAGUGAAAGCUGUUCAUCUGGAGCUGGUUACAGACCUCACGAAAGAAUCAUAUAUGGCAGCUCUAAACCGUUUCGUAUCUCGUAGAGGUAAACCGCGCAAUAUCUUAUCUGACAACGGUACCAAUUUUGUCGGUACUAGUAAUGAGUUGCAAAGAUUUUUACAUAGUUCAAACGUCGCAUCAGAUAUGGUUCAAGAAGGUAUACAAUUUUCCUUUGCUCCGCCAUACUCGCCUCAUUUCAAUGGUCUGGCUGAAGCAGUUGUUCGUUCUACGAAACAUCACCUAAAAAGGUUACUUAAACUUACUCAUCUUACAUAUGAGGAAAUGUCUACAUGUCUCACUCAAAUAGAGGCAAUACUCAAUUCCCGUCCUCUUACGCCGCUAUCCUCUGACCCUUGUGAUUACUCUGCCCUUACUCCUGCUCACCUACUAAUUGGACGACCACUUACAUCUAUUCCGCAUCCACAGGUGGCCGACGUCAACAUCACUAGAUUGGACCGCUAUCACAGAAUAGAACAUAUUAAGCAGCACUUCUGGCGUCGUUUUAAUAUAGAAUAUGUUUCUAUGCUGCAGCAGAAAACAAAGUGGUCCACUUCCUCAGGCAACUUGGUGCUGGGGACUCUGGUCCUUAUUAAGGACAAACUGCUGCCACCUCUUCUAUGGUCGCUGGGUCGUGUGGUCCAGGUCUACCCAGGCAGCGACGGUGUCACGAGGGUCGUCGAGGUGAAAACCAAGAACGGGACUAUUCGUCGCGCCUUCAACAACGUGUGCCCACUUCCACUUCAUUGAAGACUACUCUUCAACCCGGGCAGUAUGUCUACGCACUCAACGCACCGCUCCGCGGGCUGCGGGGGCGGUGCUGCGCAUCGGCAACUGCGGCCGGUGGCGGACACCGGCACUUCUUGUCCGACCGGCAUCGACACUUACCGGCUUACAAAUAAUCCCUCCAUUCUAAAAUUUAUCUGAAUCUGUCCGUUGUUCAUAACAGUUUUUAUAUUAAACCUAUUA